CCUUGCUCCGCCACAGCUUGAUCACUUGCAACCUUGCAGGACCGGGAGGCAACUUUGUGCAAACUUUAACGCUGUUGUGCACUGAUCGGUACAUACAUUCCUUCCAGGCGCUGAAGCCAGUUUGCGGAAACAAGGGUAUCUCUACUGUUCUACAAAACACAAAGCCUUGGUGACCAUGACAACGCGUUUAGCUGUACUUUUAGCGUUUUCGCUGUGUGUGAGUUAUGCGCUUGCGCGGUCAAUUCCCACCCAUACUGGAGACCCUGAAGCUCGCAAGCGUAUCGUAACUCUCGAUGCGGACGCUCGGAUUUUCCUUUGGAAGGGCUUCUUGACGCCAGAGGAGUGCGACUACCUUCGUAUGAAGGCGGAGAAGAGGCUUGAACGUUCGGGUGUGGUUGACACUGCUAGCGGUGGGACACUUGUCUCUGACAUUCGCACGUCGGAUGGCAUGUUCUUUGAGCGUGGCGAGGACGCCAUCAUCGAAGCUAUUGAGCAGCGGCUAGCGGACUGGUCCAUGAUGCCCAUCUGGUCGGGUGAGGCGCUGCAGGUGCUGCGCUACCGGAAAGAUCAGAAGUACGACUCUCACUGGGACUACUUUUUCCACAAGGAGGGCGGCGACAACGGCGGCAACCGCUACUCCACCGUGCUCAUGUACCUGCUGGAUACCGAGGAGGGCGGUGAGACGGUGUUCCCCAAGCUGCCCGCCCCCAACGGCAUCAACCCGGGCUUCUCCGAGUGCGCCAAGUACCACCUGGCGGUGAAGCCGCGCAAGGGAGAUGCCAUCAUGUUCCACAGCAUGAAGCCCAACGGCGAGCUGGAGGAGCGCUCGCUGCACGGGGCCUGCCCGGUCAUUCGGGGGGAGAAGUUCAGCAUGACCAAGUGGAUCCACUCGGGCCACUACAACAUGAACGACGUGUACGACGAGCGCUACCGGGAGUACCUCGCCCGCCUGAGCACCAACGA